AUGGCGUUCACAGGCAGCGCCCUCCGGAUCCAGUGCGAUGAGAACCUCCAGUCCAUGCUGGUCGGGACGGUGAUGAGGAAGAUCAAGUCUCGCACCUGGAAGAAGCAGCGACACUUCAUGCUCCAGGACGACUGCAUGACCAUCUGGUACCAGUCCAAGAAGGCCGGCAACGCACACUCCACAUUCUCGGUUAGCGAUGUGGAGGCCGUGCGGGAGGGCCAUCAGUCCGAGGUGCUCCUGUCCAUUGCAGAAGAGUUUCCUCCAGAGCGCUGCUUCACUCUGGUCUUCAGGGGGCGCCGUGGGAACCUGGACCUGGUGGCUGAGUCCGAGGCUGAGGCCCAGUCCUGGAUCAAAGGCCUGAGGAAGCUCAUCGAGAACGUGGAGAACAUGGGGGAGAGAGAGAGACUGGACCAGUGGAUCGGAGACUGGUUCAAAAAGGCCGAUAAGAAUCACGACGGUAGGAUGAACUUUCGGGAAGUUCGAGACCUGCUGAAGAUGAUGAACGUGGACAUGAACGAGCACCACGCGCACCGCCUCUUCACUAUGGCAGACAAGUCUCAGUCUGGUUCUCUGGAGGACGACGAGUUUGUUCUGUUCUACAAGAUGCUGACGCAGCGCGGAGACCUGCUCCGCGUCUUCCAGGAGUUCUCCACAGACGGACAGAAGCUCUCCCUCACGGACCUCCAGGACUUCCUCCAGGACGAGCAGCUGCAGAUAGAGGACACCCAGAGCCAGGCCCAGGAGCUCAUGCUGAAGUACGAGCCGUCUGAUGCAGCCAAACAGAUGAAGGCCAUGAGCUUUGAUGGGUUCCUGAUGUACUUGGGGUCAGUGGAAGGGAACAUCUUUGACCCCAGAUGCAGAGGACUUUACCAGGACAUGGAGCAGCCGCUGAACCACUACUUCAUCUCCUCCUCUCACAACACCUACCUGAUGGAAGACCAGCUCCGCGGACACAGCAGCGUGGAAGGAUACAUCCGGGCUCUAAACCGGGGCUGCCGCUGCGUGGAGGUGGACUGCUGGGACGGAGCUAACGGAGAACCCAUAGUGUACCACGGACACACCUUCACCUCCAAAAUCCUCUUCAAAGACGUGGUCAAUGCUGUGGGAAAAUACGCUUUUAAGGUGUCGCCCUUCCCCGUCAUCAUGUCCAUCGAGAACCACUGCAGUGUGGAGCAGCAGCGCGUCAUGGCCCAGCACCUGGCUAACAUCCUGGGGGACAAGUUGCUGAAAACCACCCUGGAUGGAAAGCCUCCCAUUGGACUGCCCUCCCCCCACGAGCUGAGGGGGAAGAUCCUGGUGAAGGCCAAGAAGAUGGGGGGUCUGGAGGAGAGAUUUUGUGGUCUGGGGGAGGACUCUCUGACUGCGGAGGUCAGUGAUGAAGACGAGGCAGCAGAAAUGGAUGACGAAGGCAUUCAUCGAGACAGCUUGCGCCGCCGGGUAAUGAAGUCGAAGCAGCGUCUGUCCAAAGAGCUGUCGGACUGUGUGGUUUACUGCAAGAGCGUUCAUUUCCGUAGCUUCAAACACGCCAGGAUCCACUCCAAGUUUUACGAAGUCGCCUCCUUCACCGAGUCCAAGGCCCGGAAGCAGCUCAAGGAGGCUGGGGCAGAGUUUGUGAUGCAUAACGCCCGGCAGCUCACCCGUGUUUACCCCAGCGGCUUCAGAACCGACUCCUCCAACUACAUCCCCCAAGAAAUGUGGAAUGUGGGCUGCCAAAUUGUUGCAUUGAAUUUCCAGACGGCAGGAGAGGGCAUGGACCUGAACGACGGCCUCUUCAGUCAGAACGGCGGCUGCGGCUACAUCUUGAAGCCUGCGUUCAUGAGAGACGCCGAGAAGAGGUUUGAUCCUGACAACCCACAGAAACUGGAUGGAUACCAGCCCCUGAUACUCACCAUACAGGUGAUCAGUGGCCAGCAGCUUCCCAAAGUGAACAUAAAGGAGGGUUCCAUCGUGGAUCCUCUGGUCCGAGUAGAGAUCCACGGAGUCCCUCAGGACCAGAACAAGCAGGAAACCAGGUGGAUCGAAAACAAUGGUUUUAACCCAGUUUGGUACGACACCCUUCGCUUCACCAUUCACGUUCCGGAGUUGGCCCUGGUUCGGUUUGUGGUGGAGGAUUACGACAAGACUUCAAAAAAUGACUUUGUAGGACAAUACACGCUGCCACUGAGCUGCAUGCAACAAGGUUACCGCCACAUUCACCUGCUCUCCAAAGACGGCACCAGCAUCCCCCCCUCCUCCCUUUUUGUGCAUGUACGCAUCACUCAACUGUAG